AUGGCAGAAGAUGAAGUUUUAAAUGAAUACAACCCACUCUCCAAUCGGGCCCUAUAUUUGGACAAAAUGGACAAAUUAGGAGCCAUUAUAAGCCCGAAACAAAGAAUUGGAGGUUUGGGUUCAUUACCGGGUUAUGAGAGCCACCAGAAGCGACAGAUCCGUUACCAUCAGUGCUAUUUCAACCCAAUCUCAUGCUUCAGAAGAAGAAAAUAAUUUUAUUAAAACAAAUGUCUCUUUUUUUGGUUCAAUUUUGUUGCCGUGUUUUGUAGUCUAAGCCCAAAAACUCUGUGUUUAUCUGAAACAAUAGCGCCGACACUUGUUUCUCAUUUGUGUUAAUUAGUAUUUAAUUGUUAUAAUCACUGAAAAUUGUAUUUAACAAAACAUAAAUUCAUGUUUAAGUUUAUUAAUAAAAUUUUUUAUUUAAUUUGAUUAUUUAGACAUUUAAUUUAUAUAACGUUUUGUCU